UGCAAAUAUUGACCAUGACUUGCACAUAUAUAUCGUCAAAUUUUGUCACAUUGUCAUUCGCUGCGUUUUCCUAUAAAAUAUAUAAAUCAUAAACAAAAAGAUAAUGUUUUAUAAUAGGAGUCUAUUCACUUAAAUUAAAACAUUUACAAAAGAUUAUGUUUUAAAAAUAGUUAAUUGAUUGACAUUAAUUUAAAUUAAAAACAUUACUCCACAUUAAAAAAUCUAAAAAUUGUUUCCGAAUUAAAAAUCAUUAAUUAAGCGGAUUUAAAAAGUGUCACCAGAUUCGAACCGAAAGAAGUUAAUAAAUUGUAUAAUAAUAUAUAAAUAUGUCGACGGACUAUCAAAAGCAUGCAAUUGUAACUGAAGAACAAGGGGAUAAGGAGGACGUUCCUUUGUCACACGGCAGGAAUAAAUCAAAACAGUUUACAAGGAGAAUAGACAUAGUGUCUUUUCAGAGCACACCACAUAUGGUUGUCACAUCAUCAGAUAGGAGUAUGGUCAUUGGAAAGCAACAUGGACUAGAUGUAGAUUACCUACUGGACAGUAUUCCCGCUCAAAGCUGCCUGACUAUGGAUUUCCCGAAGGAAAAUGUGAAACUUGCCAUCGACAUUUACAUUACAAGAAAAGGUAAUGUUUAUUUCAAGGCGAAAGAUUUGUGUGAAAUCUUGUUUGAAAUUGAGGAAAAUCCAGACAAAUUUAGAACACGUUUAACAGCUAUGAAAGAACUGAAAACAGAUACAAUUCAGUGCGAGGAAGAAGGAAAUACGAAUGUUGACGAAAUAUCACGGGAAGAACAUUUCACAUAUGAACAGACCUUGACUUGCCCGAUAUGUAUACAAGAAGAGGAAACUAUGUUAUUAUACGCAUAUCAACAUUUCAUGUGUUGCCAGUACUGCAGUUUGGGUUUUUAUGAAGAACAUGGCUAUUAGUUUUUUCCAUAUAUUUGUGCAUACCUACGUCGAUAACUACAGGGGAACAAUAUGAUUUAUCCAUGACUGAAGAGAAGGGUCCCAAAUUUGUAUAAAAACAUUCCCAUGUUCAUAUAUUUUUAUCUAAAAAUGAGUCCGAUUUUUAUGACUGAAAAAACAAAAACAUACUAGUUUUUCAAAAACGAACCCCAACAUAUAUUUUUAUCUAAAAAGAGUCCGAUUUUUAUUACUGAACAAAAGCAUACUAGUUUUUCAAAAACGAAUCCUAUACUGUUGUAAGGUCGAAAAGUGUGUCCGAAAAUUAUAACUGAAAUUAAAGUCCCAUCUAUAUGCCUGAAAAAAAGUGUCCACUAUUUACCGUUAGAAGUAAGUCCAAAAAAUUAUUUGGAAAAAAAGCAAGCCUCUGAGUCAUGUUUGAAAGAGAGUCGCAUAUAUGUUUGUAUCCUUUGCCCAUCUGUCAAAUUACUAAAUGUGUUGAUAUUAUGUUAUGAAUUAUUUAUUCAAAGUGUGUUUUAAUGUAUACACAUUCGUAUUACAUAAGACAUGUUAGUAUUUUUAAGCAUGUUGCUCAAAUGUUCAAUAUUUUGAAAUCACUGCCUGAUUUUUGUUGCAGUUUUAUUAUAUUAUGUCAUUAUUUACAUUCUAUUUUAUUUUCCUGUAUUCGACAGUACUAGAUCCAGUGUUAACUGCUUUGGAUACAGUCACAAAAACAAUAGUGCUAAAUUUUGAUUCAUUUUAGGACCAGUCAUAUCUGUUAAAGUAUGAGUGACAUAGAAUGAAUAAAUGUGUAUUUUACUUUCAUAGCUAAUGUAUUUCUUGUGUAUGUCUUCAACUUUCUUUUUAAUUUCCCAGAUAUUAAAGAAGCGUGUCUCCUAA